AUGUUUGAGCAAGACGAUGAAAUCAAAGUGAGAAGGAGGAAUAGACCAAGCUUGGUGUGCAAUGCUUGCAGGCAACGAAAGAUCAAGUGUGAUAAAGGACGGCCAUGCUCAGGAUGUGUCAAAAAUAAAAUUGAACACCUAUGUAAAUACGAUUAUAACUGGCCUAUAAAAAAAAAACAGAAAGUAAAUUCACCAACAGGAUAUUCUGAAAGUGCAAAGUACCCGGUAGCAGUGCUUCCAUCAUACGGAAUAAAUGGAGAAAGCGACGUCAGUAAUAAAAACCUGAGCCCGGCACAUACAGAAGCUGGCGAUAACUCUGUUUUACUUGUGGAAAAGUCAAAACUUGAUGAACUACAUGCGAAAUUGCAAAAAUAUGAGACCUUGCAAAAGGAAACCAAGAUACCAGCUGCAUCUACUGAAACAAUAGUACUUUUUGACGAUGGAGUUAUCCAAAAGACAGCAUUGAAUCAACACAUACAACCUUGUCCGAUGACAGGCAAUGUAUUGCAUAACCCUGAUUUACCAGGUGAAGUGAACAAUUGUUGUUUCUGUACGCUCUUCCUUGAGAAAGAAAAGAAUGCAGAAAAAAUCAUAAAAGGGGAAUCGUGGAAUAGUGAUGAGCCAUAUAUACCAAGAAACCCAUACAUAGGUGUAAAUCCUUACGAAGACCAAGACGAAAUAAUUAAUUUAUUUGAUGACUCUAAGUCUAUUGACAUUCGAGAGCCUUCGAGUAAUUUCAAUGGAAUUUUCAAUUGGUCUUCGGUAUGGAAAAAGGACAGAGGGUUAGUUCUAUUAAAGAGAUAUAGUCAAUACGAAAAAUUUGAAACUGGAAAAGGCGGAACUCUUGUGAUAGCUAAAAACAAAAGCAAACUUGCUGAAUCUGCAAAUGCACGUUCUGGAUAUAGCUUAAAAAAUUCUGGCACUGAAAGUUCAACCAACCCUACUAAUACGAUCAUGGAGGAGAGUGAAGCUACAGAAAGUUCGAAAGAAUUCGCAAGGAAGGACUUAGAAGCGAAUAAUUUUAUGUCGUAUAAAGGUUCCAGUAUACAUGCCAAAAUCCGUCCACGUAGACGUUCACUUAAUGCCAAUUCGCUACCAUUAGGGCUAUCAUUAUUCGAUAGUCAAGUGGAUAGAGAACUUCGAUUGGUUGAACAAAUUAAAUACACCAUCCCGAAGAAAAAAGUAAUUUGGUUAUUAAUAAAGCGGUUUUUCCGUUUCCUUUAUCCAUUUUUUCCAUUUUUAGACGAGAUUGAUUUCAGGCAAGAAGUCAGUAGAUUAAUUGGACCAGAAUCAUGCGAUGAUGAGAAAGUGAAAGAGAUCCAUGUAGAAAAGCGAAUAGAUUUGGCCUGCUUAGGUACUCUUUUGAUUGUACUAAGAUUGGCAUACUUGUCAUUGUUUUCCAAUAGAUGCUCUGUUAACAAUGCAAGACUAAAGACAAGCGAUACUUCAGCCGCUGCACAGGAAACUAAGUAUUUGUUAUCAAAUCCUGUGCAUAUAAAUGCAUUUGAUAUUGGGCAAGUAUGUUUACAUCAAUUUCAAUUUACAAGAAAGUAUAGUUUAGUCGUGUUACAAUGUGCACUUUUUGUUAGACUUUACCAUAAAUAUGCUCCCGAGGAAGGUGAUGGUGUGGAUGGAGGAGACUCUCAACUUUCUCUUAGUAUCCUAAUUCAAAUGGCAUAUGCAAUUGGUUUGAAUAGAGAACCGGACAAUUUUAACGACCAUCCAAGUAACGAAAGGCUUAAUAACUUGGGAAGGAAGAUAUGGCAUAGCUUAUUAAUAAACGAUUUUAUGAAUGCAUACACUUAUGGCAGUCCCUUGGCAUCAGCUGGUAUGUUCUAUGACACAAAGGUUCCAUUUUAUAAGAAAGGAAAUGAAAAUGUUUUAAAUCACGAUUUGGAUGAAGCUAUUGCAAAAUGCCAUGGAUUUGCUGGAGGGUUGAUUUAUGGACCAAUGAAGGAUAUUUUGAAACUUACUUCAAGUUUAAGGGGAGAUAUUAAAAUGUCUGAAUUAACACAGUAUUUAAAUCGACUUGAGAUUUGCCCUCAUAAGCUAUUUGGCGAACCUAGUGACUAUACAAAUAUUUUGGAAUCUAAGGGAGAUACUUAUUCCUUUGUGAAAAUGACUAAACUAAGAGUACUUCUUUCCCUAAAAGGAUUUUAUAUAUCAAUUUAUUCAUAUUUGAUAUCUCAUUAUGAAGCCAAAAAAAACCAUGGCAUAUCAUUUUACUACAGAAAGAAAUUAUUAUCUUGCAUAUCUGACUUAGCACCUAGCUUAUUCUUGCAUGUUUGCAAAGGCCAAGAGAUAUUUGGAGAGGGAGCAGAUUUACUUAUAAACCCACAUUUAGAGAGAAUCAUUCAUAUUGCAAAUGAAAUUAAUCUUUCGAUGUUGAUUAAAGCUAAUUUUACGUUGCAUCGUAUGAUCAGAGACCCAGAUCAUCGGGUAAAGCUAAACUCUGACAUUAAUUAUAAAAUCAGGUUUCAGAAAUUGGGAAGAUAUAUUGUCUUACUUGAAAAUUGUGCAAGAGUAUGUAUCCUAGGUACUUCAAUUAUGAGUCAGAGGUAUUAUUACGCUUGGGGUAUUAAUAGAAGUCACACCUUUUUACUAAGAAUUGUUAAAAAUGAAGAGUUUUACCUUCAAAACAUGGACUGUGACAUUGGGGUUGAAAAUAUAGGGACUUCUCAGUUACAGGAAUUAAUAGAUAUAACGGAGAGUAGUUUUGCGAAAUUGAACUCGAUUAUUGCUUCCCAUUGUGAAGAUUAUCAGAUUCAAAGAUUAUUCGACUUGAAGAACCAACCACAAAUGCCCAGUAUCUUGCUCAAUACAUCACCACAAAACUCACCUGCUUCUUCCAUUGGUAUAAUUGAUCAUCUGACCAAUUAUAAUACUACGAAGGCAACUAAACCUUCAACAGAUUCUUCCGAGCCGAUUAUGGCUCCCACUGACUUUGAAAUGUUGGAUUUUGGUACGAGUUCCGAAAUUGACUCGUUAUGGUUGCAAAUGCUUUCAAUGAAGAACCAAAAGAGAAAUUUCAUGCCUACGCAGGACAAUUCCUCUAAUCAAACAGGGUUUUCCAAUAGUGAUACAAGGACGAUGGCUUUAUUUGGUACUCUAGCAAAUGAACAUAACCAAAACCCAAAUCAGAAUCAAAGAUACCCUCCUAGUCAGUACACCACUCCUUAUCACGGCGAAUACCAAACCCUGUCCCAAAAUUCAUCAUACCCACUACAAAAUCGACCACCAAAUGACAAUUAUAAUUUUCAAGCCACCGAUAUUCAACCAGAUAACAUUUUCAACCAACCUUUUGACUUUGGUAACUCUGAAGACCUUGAUAUGUUCAGUGACUUACCGUUAGAUCAAAUAUUCAGCCAGAAUUUAGUAUAG